UGACUUGCCGCUCGCGUCAAUACUUGCCAGUAAAAUCCAUCGGAAUCUUGGAUCGGGGUAUAACUGCCGAAUUCAAUGGAAGCUUCCGAGAGUAACAGCUGAUCCCUUCCACGUCGGUCAGCGCAGCGGCGACCAACCCACCCCGGCCGCGGCCCUCGUCCCGCCGCGCACGCCGUCGCUGCACGCGCGCCGCCACGAGGGCGACGCCGCAGAGACAGCAGGCACGCCCGGGAGCGGGCCGGUUUGGAUGUGGCUGGAGGAGGUGAGGGGGAGGGAGCGCGGGGAGCUGCGCGCCCGGAGGUUCGAGGCCGCCGCCCGGGCGCGCCGCGCGGCCUCGCUCGCGCUCUCCAACCGCAAGGAGUUCGCCACCCCGCACCACGGCGCCGUCAACUCGCUCCAGGUUGAUUUGACAGAGGGGAGGUACCUGCUCUCCGGGGCAUCGGAUGGGUCGGCCGCUGUAUUCGAUGUGUGGAACGCGACCGAGUACGAAACCGGCUUCAUAGCUAAGCACAGGCACAUACUGCUUGUGGACAAGCAGCACCAGAAUGGCCACAAGUUCGCCAUCUCGGCGGCAGUUUGGUAUCCUGUGGAUACCGGGCUGUUCGUCACAGCAUCCUUUGAUCAGUACGUCAAAGUUUGGGAUACCAAUUCGACUCAAGUCGUCAUGGAUUUUAAGAUGCCUGGGAAAGUGUUCACUGCAGCCAUGUCUCCAAUUGCAACAACGCACAUGCUUAUCGCUACUGGGAGCGCAGAUGUUCAGGUCCGUCUGUGUGACAUAGCUUCUGGAGCCUUUACCCACACAUUGUCCGGUCAUCGUGAUGGCAUCAUGUCUUUGGAGUGGUCUGCCUCAAGUGAGUGGGUUUUGAUGAGUGGUGGCUGCGACGGGGCAAUACGUUUCUGGGACAUCAGGAGAGCUGGAUGCUUUCGUGUUCUUGAUCAAUCACAGUCUCAGCUUGGAAGGAGGUCUCCUCUUCUUAAAAGCACAACAGAGAAUGAUCACAUUGAUUCCAUAGGACCUUCAGCUUCCACAAGGAGCUUAGCUCAGAAAAGGACUGGAAACUCUAAGAAGAACUCACCAACAAUGCGCAAAGGUCAAAAUCUGAUACAUGGACAUAUGCAACAGAGAUUGCAUCCUGGUUUAUCAUCCAGUCAAAACCGUGCAACAUCUCAUUAUGGUGCUGUUACUGGAUUACGAACAACUAAAGAUGGGAUGUACCUUCUCAGCUCAGGAUCUGAUUCUCGUUUAAGACUAUGGGACAUCGAUUCAGGAUGCAACACUUUGGUCAAUUUUGAAGCUAUGCGAUUGCAGACUGGCAAGCCAUUGCAAUUAGCAGUCACCGAGGAUCCAUCACUUGUAUUUGUGCCAUGCAUGGCAAGCAUCAAGGCAUACAAUUUAUGGUCUGGUACGACAUUUCGGACAUUCCGGGGUCACUACGAACUUGUGAAUUGCUGCUACUAUAGUGAACAGGACCAAGAACUUUAUACUGGCAGCAAUGAUAGACAAAUUCUUGUAUGGUCUCCAUCAACUCCAGCUUUUACUGAAAUGGAAGAUGAUGAGAAGCGGCAUGGGCUUUCUGCAGCUGAUGAGGAUAACUGGAGCGACUGAGAAGGCCUGUACCUUUUUCCCCCUGAAGCGGAAGGAUCGUAUACUAACAUUGAUGUGAGGGAUGUUAACAAGUCUUGAGGUUGUUAGCUCUUGUUAGCAGCCUGAAAAGGUUGUACAUUUGACAGUUCGUUGAAUUACUGGUAGAUUUAUGGAUGUCUCGGGUUUACAAGUUAUUCUGCAGCCUUGUUCGAUUCACUUUGAAACGAUUGUGCAUGCUGAUACUUUACCUAAAGUGCAGAAAAAAUUUCUUUGAGCAAA